GGCAGUGUGUGCAGGCAGCAGGUGCCGCUAACUUUACCGUAAAAUACAAAAUUAUUCAUUUAGCGGUCACGAUUUGGAGCUUUCGCUCCGAUGCGUCACAUUUGCCUCAGGCCUUGAGAAAUUGUUUUUUGUUUAUGAAAGGCGUCGAGUGUGAAUGGAGUGUUAUGAGCUAUUUCUAAUUUCCUGAAUUUCAGCAUGAAUAUAUAAAGCUUGCAAUACAAAAAGCACAUCCGCAAGGUCAGCUCAGAAUCCCAGCCGUGAUGGAGGUGGAGACGGAUGGUGGGUUUCGCAUCUCCUCCAACUUUGACUCCGGCAACCUGCAACGGCUAGAGAAAGUGGAACCAGGAACAGUCACCUUCGAGGGCCAGGGUCCCGACGACCUGUGCGCCCACGAGUUCAACUGCUGGGUGAACCCAGACUGCGGAGGCACAGAGUACGAGAACAACAACCGGACAUGGUUCCACUUCAGUUUCUCAGGUGGCCCACCAUUCGCCACCGUGCGGUUCAAUAUAAUGAACAUGAACCGCCAGGGCAAGCUGUACGCGCAGGGUAUGCGGACGGUGUACCGCGUGGAGCCCCUGUUUCCCGAGUGGAAACGGCUCACAGACACACACCUCUACAAGGUGGAGGACAACAACUUCAUCAUGAGCUUCAAGUACUACACACUGGAGGAUGCCGGCUGUACGACCUACUUCGCCUUCAGCUUCCCCUACUCCUACACCGAACUGCAGACGCACCUGAACGCUCGCGACCUGCAAUUCCGUAUCACACCACCUAUCGGCAUCUACUACCACCGCGAGUUGCUGACGUACACGCUAGAUGGCAGGCGCGUCGACCUACUGACCAUCACCGCCUCUGACGGUGGCGAGGGACGCGAACACCGGCUGCCCGGCCUGUUCCCACUGGCUCAGACUGAGCAGCGCGCAGUGCGCUUCCCUGGGAGGAAGGUGGUUCUUCUCUCAGCGCGGGUCCACCCGGGAGAAACACCCUCGAGUCACGUCCUCAACGGCUGUGUGAGGUUUCUGCUCUCCGCCGACCGCCGCGCGGUGAAGCUGAGACAGAUGUAUGUGUUCAAAAUCAUCCCGAUGUUGAACCCUGAUGGCGUAGCUCGCGGACACUAUCGUACCAACAUCCACGGAGCCAAUCUCAACCGGAUGUAUGGUGACCCUGCUCGCGCACUACACCCAGAAGUACACGCGGCCAAGACGGUGGCGAUGUAUCACCACCUAGGUCGCCCGCCGGCGGAUUGUGAGGUUCAGGACUCUGAGCCUAGCGUGGCAGAGGUGGACGCACAGUUCGUGAGACCUCGGGAGCUUGUGGCUCCGCCGAGGCCUCCCGAACCUGAGGAUGUGUCCAAUGACGCGUCGUGCUUCUGUGCUGGCGAUGAUGAAAGCAGUCUCGGGAUGCCCGAUCUGAGCCCGCUGAAGAGCCUGCUUCAGAUGACGCCGAGAGUCCUGCGGCCGGGAGAGAGGACGGAGACGGCCAGAGUGCUUCCACCGCCGCCCCCUCCCCCUCCGUUUGGGGCAGCGGUGGGUGGGGCGUGCCCUCCCCCGCCCCCGCCCCCGCCGCCCCCACAGCCGCAGCAUAUAACUGUGACGGCGACUUCGACCGUGAUAGGGAAUGUAAUGGAGGAUAGAGCUUCUGUGCAGACUUCGGGAGAAAACCCGGCUCCGAAAGCUACACAGAAGGCGGAGAAGCCAACAGUGGUUGGUGACCAGGCGCAGGCCGCCGCCGGCUCCGACUCCGAGUCGCUCGUCUCCUCCGGCGAAACUGAACGCUCGGCCUGGAGUGCCAGCUCCGUGUCCUCGGGAAAAGACGAGCCACCCGCCGUCGACUCGAAUCUGUUCCUCUACAUGGACAUGCACGGACAUGCGUCCAAACGAGGCUGCUUCAUGUACGGCAACCACUUCAGCUGCGACGAGACCAUGGUGGACUGCAUGCUGCUGCCCAAGCUGGUCUCCCUGAACUCGGCCAACUUCGACUUCCUCGCCUGCAACUUCACCGAGAAGAAUAUGCACCACAGAGGAAAGAAGGACGGCCUGAGCAAGGAAGGCAGCGGCCGGGUGGCUCUGUACCGCGCCACGGGCCUGGUACGCAGCUACACCCUGGAGUGUAACUACAACACGGGCCGGUUCUGUAACGUACUGCCUCCACUGCCCGCGGAGCCGGACCCGCCGGCAGAUACGCCGCUAGUGUUUGAACCGGUGCCCUACACGCCGGCUCACUACGAACAGGUGGGCGAGGCGCUGAUGAUCUCCAUUCUGGAUCUAACCGGUGACAACCCGCUGUCUCGGCUGCCGCGCUCCGAGUACAGGGAUACGGCCGGAGUACGCGCAUGGAUCAAACGGUUCAUGACAGUGACGAAGUUCGGCGAGAACAACAUUCUGUUUUCGCCGGAGAAAACGGCUAGAACCAUGAAGGUCACAGAACGACACAGACAGGCGGCGGCUGAAGAGCGAAGUCCAGGAGCCGGCGGACGCAAUGUCUCCUCGACUCCAGCAGGAGGGACCGGAGCACAGCGCAGACUGGCGCUGGGCACCACCUCCCCGGGACGGUGUGGGACGGACACCAAGGACCGGAGACGACCGCCACUCAGGAGGGUCCGAAAAGCCAAGAAGCUGUCGCCCGGCAAAGUCGAGGACCAGGAGAAUGCUACGGUGGCCAGGCCGGCCAACAAGCGCUCUGCUGACGCACUUCUGGCUCCCAGUACGGCGGUGAAAACCGACCCGGAGAUCAAUCUGGAUAAGGAGACUGCCGGCCCUGCGUCGCAGCCGUCAGAUCUAGCCAGUCCGGCCGGACCCAGUCAACUGCGAGUCAAGAGCCCCGUACUGCAGCCGCGCUUUGGACAGCAGCUCACUCAGACAGGCAACUCCCCAGCCGGGCUGAGCCGCAAGCCAGUGCGUCGCGCCCUCUCUGAGAAACGCAAGGUGCUCAAACCAACCCCCGUCAAACUGGGAGAGAGUGGCCUUCAGACCGGCGCCGCUCCCAAGCUGCGCCGCUCCGGGAGCCUCGUAAACGCCGCCUCAGCAGACGCACCGCUGGCAGAGACAUCUGUUGUCAAUAAUCUGAACCUCAUCUUGGGGGACAAACGUCAGGUGGCUGGCCUGGCCUGGCCAGAACCGGUUGCCGGGGCAACGGCGGCGUCUGGCGCGCUUUCAAAACGCCCGCCGAAGAGGAAGAAGCGCGCGGGGAAACCGGAGGCUGCGACAGCGAAAAGCGAUGGUUUGGCGCCUUGUCGCAGUCUUGGCCAUUUGAUUCAGAUGGUGAGCACUCCGCCAAGCUUUGCCAACCUCUUCAUGGCAUCGGCCAGCACAGGCGAGUUGGAAUCGAGCGCGCGGAGUGUGGGGUACGCACAAUUAGCGACAGAGUCCACGAGUGGAGGAGCGCCGUCAGGGGCCUGGUCUGGGCGCAGUGAGUCGACACUGGACGCCCAGGAUGAGUCGGCCACACUGCCGGAUCAGCCGGAGCCGCGCGCCAGACGACAUGAGAGCUGCGAAAGCUCGCCACUGAGCUUCGCCGGAGCUUUGAGUAGCGCCAGUAAUAGCCCACGUGGUCACCAGACAAGCCAGCCUGCCUCUCCGGCGUCGCCGAAACAGCCAAACUCGCCGAAGUUUGGUCACUCAUCGCCAAAAUAUAGCCAAGAUCUGCCAAAGCUAGGCGAGAGUCUGCCGAAGCUUGGCGGGGCAGGUUUGGCGGAAUCUGACAGCGCGGUGGCGGGGUUUGGCCAAGGCGGGUCUGCCCCCGUGUCCACUACACCUUCGGCCGUGGCCUACGACGCCCCGGUGUUGUCUCCGCGCAGUCCACGCAUGCGCAGACCGUCAGUCAAGACGCGCUGUUCCACCCGCAUGGCCGCCAAGAAAUCCGCCAAGACGCUGAAGGUGAAGCGGGCGGUGCGUCCCUUGGCGGAUCCGGCCGAGCCGUCCACCUCGGCGGCUGGAGCGGCCGGCGAAAGUUCCGCCGAGAAACCCGCCAAGGCGCCCAGAAAGAAACUCGCUCGCAGGGCGUCUGCACCUGUGGGUCCCGACCCGCUGGCCGCCCUGGAGCUGAUGACGUCACCGGGCGGCAGUCUGGCCGGUGACGUCACCACUGCCCUGGACGCGCCGCCUCUGAGGGCCAAGGUGCGGAAGCCUCGCGUCAAGUCCAAGCCGCGCUCACCGGGCGCCCGCUCUGUAUCCGUCUCAGGGGGGACGCUCUGCUCCCUCACCGCUGAUCAGGAUAUCCCGGACGGACCGCGGCGCGCCGUCUCAGAGGGUCACGGGUCCCCCGAGCCGGGCCCGGCCCUGCCGCCCGCCGCUGGGAGACUGCUGAAGAAGAAACAGGGAAAGCUGGCCCGGCGCACGGGUUUGGAGCGAGGAAGGCCCGCGCUGCAGCAGGUCAAGAAGAGGAAGCUGAAGGAAAAGGUCUGAGCGACGGACGGUGGUUGAUGUGGGGUUGUUGAAGAGAGUGAUGGACGCGAGGGAGGCGGGUUGGCGGUGAAGGAUGCUCCCAUGGUAACUCUAUGGGACAGUUUCUAAGAUUUUGACUUCAUUGACCAGCACUGACGAACGUUUUUAUUUGGGGGCUGCUCAGCGCUGGGUUUUACAUUCAAACCGCGAGGCAGAGGGUUCAAUGAGCUAACCCGUGGAGUGGUACAUAUAGAGGGCGCAGCUGUCGCUCUAUACCACUGACGUCAUCAUGGCGGCUGGUUGUGCCGCCAUGACGUCAUCAUAGGACAAAUUAAUGACGGCAGCGGGGCACUGCCUCACGAAAACCGCGUAUUUAUUGGCGAAGUCUCGUCGCUGGGACGAUAAGAAGACUGUGAUAGCCUUGUUUAAGUUAAUAAUUUCAUCUUUUUGUUGACGUGGCACCGAAUAUGGCGCAGAACGCGACGGUUUUCGGAGUUGAGAGCUGCGAUGGACGAUGAGGCUUGGUGUCGGAGCUCAUGAACUGAGAGUUUAUCGUAAGACUAUUUUAUUCGAAAGUGAAAGCAUCCUUAUGUGCUCUGCGAACGGCGAAAACGAUGGUUAGCUUUCCAGCGAAGUUUUGCUUUUAAUCUGAGGUUUUUUCACGAUUGUCGUUGCUAGCUUGUCAGAUAGGAAGCUGGUUCGAAAUUAGACGUUGAAAGGGUCCAACGAGUCGAUAAAAGAACGAACGAAAGAGGAGGAAGACCAUUGUACAGGCCCUAUUAUUGUUUAUUGCUUGGCUAUGCUUUAUUUUCCAAAAUCCUGAGUAAUCAGUAUGAUGGAUUUUCUCAGACCAGCGUCAGUAUUUGUAUCUAGAGAAUGAUUCUCUAGAGAAAAAUCGGAAGCUUUGCACAAACAAAAGGUUUUAUGCAGCAUGAUCUGUGUUUCUCAGUCCGUUUUGAUACAUCAUUUAAAGUAUUGUCAUUAUGAUGUUUCACGAUUUUUCGCUGCAACAAAAAAUGUUGCCGAAAUUCGUUAUAGAACGAGCUUCUCGAUCGAGAAGAAUGAACUUUCUCGACCGAUAUAUUUUCGUUUAGUAAUAUAGUUUGUUUUAAGAGGACGACCUCUUUUCUGUAACAGAUAUCCUGGCUUGUGCUGAGUGUUGUUUUUGUGUUCCCUCCAGUUCAGUCGCUGUUUUCUGUUAUGGGACUGAUCAGUGUUGCGGUAUAUUCUUUAGAGCACGUGUAAAAAUGAUGUCAUAGCCAAUAUGAGAUUAACCGACAUCUUGCAAGUACCAGAUAGGAUUCGUUACCACUAAAAUUGUACUGGAUUGUUGUUAUAGUGUCCUCUUUCUUCGGCCAGGAAUUGUAUUAAAGAUAAUUGAUAAAAAGUAUCUGAGUGGCCUCUGUCCCUAUGUAUAAAUAGUAAGGACGCCUUUCUAGCCCGCUUGCGAAGAAUCGUAGCGAUCUUUGAGCUGACCAAAUAUGCUAGAACUGGAAGGGAAUUGCUUCGUCCCUUUUUCGCUGUUGCAUCAUAGAUAGUAGUUACAACGGGAAUGGAUUGUUAUACGACGACAUCAUAGCACACGCGAAAUGCUGAUCGCUUCUGUUGUGGUGUAGACUUUAGCUACUUCCCGUGCUAGUUGUUGUUUUGUAGCCGUGAUAAUACUAUCUCGAUGUUCUAGAUGGUUUUAUUUAAACGAGAAAUAAGAUAAAUUUGUGUGCUAAUGCCUCAUUAACCAUCGCUUUGCUGACAUACAGAUGUACAUUUUUGGAAAUACACAUGAAAUGUGUUCUA